AUGCAGAAGAAAUGGAUGUAUUGUGCUGUCUGCUCCAUCAUCCAGGUACAGUUUUUCAGUGGAAUAUGGGAAGAAAUAUCCAAUAAAAGAGAAAACAUUGCUCUACCUGGUGCUGGUGUCAACCUGACAUGCCACCCACAGAAGAAAAGCUUCUCUGUGCAGGUGCAAUGGUCGAAAGUCACUAACAAGGUGGACCUGAUUGCCAUUUUUCACCCCAAACGUGGCUUCCACUGUAUCAGUGCAAGUCCCUGUGAGCCCCUGGUGACUUUCCUACAAACUCCUUGGAAUAUAACAGAGUGGACUCUGUGUAGAAGGAACGUAUCUUCAUCACUCAGUGGAAAGUACAUAUGUAGCUUUACUCUGUAUCUGGGUGGCAUUCAUUCUAAAAUCUACAACCUUCUCAUUCAGGCACUCUUUUUUGUUAUGGUUACACAGGAUGAAUGGAGAAACAACCAUACAAUACAAAUAAAGGUAAAUUGGACUUUGGAAAUGCCAAGCUUUCAAAAUAUCUCCUCAGAAAUUUUGUCUGAGUUCACUUUUGCAUGGUUUGUGGAGAUCAAUGGUACUCAGGAAACUAUUAUCUCCCAUGGUCAUCACAUCGGCAAUUCCACAUCAUUUAAAGACAGACUCAAGCUAGGUCCAGUCUAUAGACUUCAUCUCUAUCCAGACCAAAUCCACGAUAGGUUCUCUCACCAUGUUAGAGUCAAGCCUGGUAAAACCUCGAAGAGCUCCACCACUAUGAAGGUCUUUACUAAGCCAGAAAUUGCCAUGAUUAUGGAAAACAAAACCAUAGAUGUCUGGGGAAAGAAAUUAACUGAGCGAACAUGUGCAUAUUGGCUGUUUUACCUGUGGAUAUGUGUUUACUGCUCAGCCACUUUCAGUGCUGGAUUGUGCUGGGGACUCAGGCAGUUGAGACCUGUGGUGCAGUUUUGUUAA